CUUGUUGGUGGGAGAGAGCUUCAGCUCUGCCCAGCUCGGCUCGGAGAGAAAUACAAUUUCAGUCCAGAAAGGAGAGCGGCGCAAAAGAGCUCUUUCCACUCACACGCACAUCACUCUUGCUUACCCUGAGAAAUUACAAUAUUCAUCACCAGGCGAACAGCCCUCUGUAUUCUCUCUUUCACUAGCAAAGAAGCUCAAUUUCCUCUCAUCUGCUGAGGUCCCAGGAUUCUCGAGCUGUGCCCAGCUGACAGGCUUUUGAAGAUGGCACAAUAACAGUCCAGUGAUGCCUGACCAUGACAGCACAGCCCUCUUAAGCAGACAAACCAAGAGAAGAAGAGUUGACAUUGGAGUGAAAAGGACUGUAGGGACAGCAUCUGUGGUUUUCGCUAAAGCAAGAGCAACCUUAUUCAGUGCCAUGAAUCCCCACGGUUCCGAGCAGGACGUUGAAUGUUCAGUGGUGCAGCAUGCAGAUGGGGAGAAGUCAAACGUGCUCCGCAAGCUGCUGAAGAGGGCAAACUCGUACGAAGAUGCCAUGAUCCCUUUUCCUGGAGCCACCAUCAUUUCCCAGCUGUUGAAAAAUAACAUGACCAAAAAUGGUGGCACAGAGCCCAGCUUUCAAGGCAGUGGGCUCUCUAGCACAGGCUCAGAGAUUCAUCAGGAGGACGCCUGCAGUAACUCUUCAAGAGAGAGCCCCCAAGAGUGUCUCUCCCCAUUCAGCAGGCCAAGCAUGAGCCAGUUUGAUAUCGAGCGGCUUAAUGACGAGCACCUGAGAGCCAAACGAGCCCGCGUGGAGAAUAUAAUCCGCGGGAUGAGCCACUCUCCCAGUGUCACUUUGCGGGCUGGGGAGAAUGAUAGAGAGGGGGCACCACAGCCCCCUAGUCCCCGGGAGAGCUACCGAGAGAACAAGCGAAAGCAGAAGCUGCCCCAGCAGCAGCAACAGAGCUUCCAGCAGCUGGUAUCAGCCAGGAAGGAGCAGAAGCAUGAAGAACGUCGGCAGCUGAAGCUUCAGCUGGAGGAUAUGCAGAAACAGCUCCGGCAACUACAGGAGAAGUUCUACCAAAUCUAUGACAGCACAGACUCCGAGAACGAUGAAGAUGGCAACCUCUCUGAGGACAGCAUGCAUUCAGGCAGUAUGGACCAGCGGGCUCAGGACUCAACUGCAGACCGGUCAGACAACGAGAUGUCUGACCUGGAUCCUGGGCAGUUUAUCGAUCGGGCACGUGCCCUCAUUAGAGAGCAAUCCAUGGCGGCUGAGAAUGAAAAGCCCAAAAGGGACAGCCAGAGAGGGAAGGCCCAAGGACCUCCCUCGAUGCAUGCAGAAGGCAAGCAGUUGGCUGAGACACUGAAGCAGGAGCUGAAUACAGCCAUGUCCCAGGUGGUAGACACUGUAGUAAAGGUUUUCUCCAAACCUCCUCGCCCGGUUCCUCAGGUCUUCCCACCCCUGCAAAUGCCUCGUGACCGGUUUGCAGUCAAUGGGGAGAACCCCAACUUCCAUACGGCCAACCAGCGGCUGCAGUGCUUUGGCGACGUGAUCAUUCCCAGCCCGCUUGACACCUUUGGCAACAUGCAGGUGCCUAGCUCCAAUGACCAGACGGAAGCACUGCCUCUGGUGGUGAGGAAGAACUCUGCAGACCAAACCCCUUCUGCUCCCAAUCCUGGAGGCCAUCAUCACCAUCCUUCCCUGCAUCCUUCCCCCCUCUCUGCUACAGUGGGAUUUAGCCCACCUUCAUUCCGCCAUCCCUUUCCCCUUCCUCUCAUGGGCUACCCAUUUCAGAACCCUUUAGGAACCCCCUCGGGUACGUAUCCAGGCAAAGAAAGGGCCUCUCCGGAGUCACUCGACUUGUCCAGGGAGACCACCAGCCUACGGACCAAGAUGUCAUCCAAUCACAUGAACCAUCGCUCUUGCUCGCCAACGCAUCCAGGCAGCACGACUGAAGGCCUGUCUCUGUCUCUCAUUAAGUCAGAGUGUGGAGACCUACAGGACAUGUCUGAGAUUUCACCUUAUUCAGGAAGUACAAUUCAGGAAGGACUUUCACCCAAUCACUUAAAAAAGGCGAAGCUGAUGUUCUUUUAUACCAGAUACCCUAGUUCCAACAUGCUGAAAAUGUUCUUCUCCGAUGUAAAGUUCAACAGGUGCAUCACUUCCCAGCUCAUCAAGUGGUUCAGCAACUUUCGAGAGUUCUACUACAUUCAGAUGGAGAAAUUUGCCAGGCAGGCUAUCAACGAUGGCGUCACAGGCUCAGAGGAACUGCAUGUCAGCAGGGACUGUGAGCUGUAUCGGGCCCUGAACAUGCACUACAACAAAGCAAAUGACUUUGAGCAGGUUCCGGAACGAUUCCUGGAAGUGGCUCAGAUCACGUUACGGGAGUUUUUCAAUGCCAUUGUUGCAGGCAAAGAUGUUGAUCCUUCCUGGAAGAAGGCCAUAUACAAGGUCAUCUGCAAGCUGGACAGUGAAGUCCCUGAGAUUUUCAAAUCUCCCAAUUGUCUGCAAGAGCUUCUGCAUGAGUAAAGAUUUCCAUUGCUUUUUUUUUCUUUUGAAUGUAUGAAGUAUGAAGUAGCAUUCCUGUUUUGAAACCCCAGCUAUUCUGGGAUGACCUAGCUGUUCCUUCUUUUUUUCCCCUCUCUCUUUCUUUCACGAAAGACUUCGAACCCAUUGGGUGUUUUGACUGUGUGACCCCACCUCCCUCUCCCCUCCCCUCAAUAAGGGGAUUACAGCUUUUUCCACAGCCUGAUGGCUCACUGUACUGUUAACCUAAUGUUCAUUAAUUUGGUCACUAUGAGGGGUUCUGUUUCUUCAACAGAAGUUUGAAGUGUGUGAAUGUUUUGCAAUAUAGGGCAUUACAUUAUAGGUUUAUAGAUUUGAUUAUUAUUAUUUAUUAAUGUUGAUGUUACUAUUGCCUGCUGCAGUUGACACAUAUGGUAAUUGUUUUGUCUUUUGACAACUUGACAAAAAUAUUAUUUAUUAUUAUCUGAAUAAUAGGGAAGUAGAAAUUCUCCAGAAUAUAAUAUUGAUUCAUACUUUUUGGAAUUGUGACAGCUUGCUUUGUCCAAUAUGACACUUAUAUUUGUUUUUUAAUGUUAUAUAUAUUUUAUAAGGCUUACAUCUUCUCUUGAUGUCUGUCUACUUCGGUAGGACAGACACCAGGGAAAACACGGGCCCUAUUCCUUUUCCUUUUUCCUUGAAAGAGCUACCUUGCCGUAGCUAAGCAACAUGGCCAAUUUAACACUGAAGCUAGCCAGUUUUGCACAAAAAAGAUGGAUGUGUUCCCACCAAGACUACUAUUGCUCAUGAUGGCUCAUACUCACAAAUACACACACCUCUAUGCACAAGCACAAAUAUAUUCUCUGUGUUUUAGCCAACUAUCUGCUGUCAGUUGUUAGUUUCCUCCUCUUUUUCCUAAAAGAAAUCCAGUUUUCCUUUUUUUUUUAAUUCAGAAAUUCUUAAUUCCAGUACUUUCACACGUAGUCAAUUGGUACAGUUUUAGAAAUAAUUUAAUUUCUUUUAAAAGUGUAUCUGAGUUAAAUUCUAAAUUACUGUUUACAUUACUAGUAAUAACAUUAGAGCAUAUUCACUGUUUGGCUAUUUAGAAAUUCAAAGCCAUUAUUUUAUUUUAUGGAUAAUUGAAACAUACUGUAUAUACAUACAGUAUACUUUUUAGUAUUGACCAGCGGUUCCCAGCCUGUUAUUUGCAAACCCCCGCUGAUCUGAGAAGCUACUCCAGGAGGUCCAAUGAAGAGAAAAAUGUGAUGUGGCAUCAGAUUUUAAGGCCAAAACUAUCAUCACUUGUUCCUAUCCGCAAAAUAGUACUGGCCAUCUCAUUAAGUUGCUCAGUAUAUUUACAUUCACACAUGCACUGCUAUGCUUUGCAUCUAUAUUUCUCAAGGUAAAAAUUUCAUCUGAUUUAAGAUAUGUACAUUAUAGACUUUUUCAUUUAUGGGCUAUUUUUGUCGUUUUCUGUGUAUAACAGUGUAAAAAACAACUAAUAGCACUUGGUGGUUAGUGAGAUUUUUGAAAAUUGCAAGAGGGUCAACACACUCAGAAAGGCUGGGAACUGCUGGCAUUGACCAUAAUGACCCCCCAAGAAGCAGAACAAUGAUAUGAACGUCUUGUAUGAGAAUUGUGGGUAUUGAGCAGUCAGGAAAGCCUGAAUUUUAAAAUAAUGCUAUUUUCAUGGUAAAAAUUAUACAAGAAAAUAAAUGUAAAUUAUUACCACGGCAAGUACUAUCACUACUACUAAGAAUAAGAUUUAGAAUCUUAACCAAGCCUAACUGUUGUAGAAAACAGUAUUCCUUCUUUAUGUCAGAACUCCAGUAUGUAUAGAAAGUGGUGAGUGCAUAUGAAGUUCUGUUUUGAUUUAGAUGUGCUUUUCACAUCUUCUCAGACUAGUCCAGCUAGAAGACUUUUCCAGUAUCUACACAAUUUGAGCUGGAUUGAAAACUACAUUUCACUAUUUAUGUCAGUGAAUAAUAAAGAAAAAAAAAAGUAUUGUAAAAAAGGCAAAUGCAACAAUGUUUUACUUGACUGUCUCAAUUAGAUUGUUUCUUGUUGUUUUGUUGUUGUCCUUAAACUCUGGAUGACUUUGAAGAGUGAAAGCUGGCCAUGUGAUCUCCAUAACCACUACAGUUUUGCAUUCAGAAAUACAGCUGAUGAAAUGAAAUGCAGGGCCGCAAUUAUUGUCAGCACAAUGCCUUAAAAACCUGCUGACUUUUAAAUUAAACAGCACAAUGCCUGUGAUGCCCUGUCAUUAUUUCCAAGCCCUGGCAGUAUCUGCAGACUUUGGACAAUAUAGACAAUAACAUGAAUGAAGUGCCAACGUUUUCACUAUGCAUAAAAAACGAAGCUAUCUUCUUAAUCUUAUCCUUCACUCCAGUGAGAUGUUAAAAUGAUUUUGCAUCAUGGCUUUUUUUUUCUUUCACAGAACAGUGGACAAACUAAAACUCAAUCUUUCACUUUUUUCAGUAAAAACAAAUAAUCGCAGUAUAUAGAGUGUACAACAACUAAACAAAGUGAACAGAAGAGCAGAAGAAGCUCCUAGUUCUAAACAAGAUGCUUAUUAAUCUUUCAAUGAUAAAUGCAUGUCACCAUAAUGCUAUCUAAUUUAAUUCAUAUUAGUAUAUCAAAUAAUCAAAUCGUUCUUGCUGUUAAUUCCAUUUCAUAUAAUGCUUCAUGACAUCUAUGGCACAAAGCCUGUCAGUGCUAUCUGGUUGUAUUUUAGGUUUUGACAUUUGUGCAGAAGCUUUAUUAGCUGUAAAAUAUUAGGAGGCUGGGUAAGAGCAGAGUUCUCUUCUGAGGGUGUGAGGAACAGAAACAGUUUCAAUUUUAAGGGAAAUUAAACUUCACCUUACUUGUACCUGUGCAUAAACUGGGCAUUUGCUUCUUUCAGAGCCAAAUUGCCUUUGUGCCUCUGUACAUGGGAUUUAUCUGACUAAGUUGCUUAGCCUUGACUUCUGCUAAAAUCAUGAUAUAAUGGCUAAAAUGACAAGAGGCAUAAUAAAUUCAAAGUUGCGAAAGAAUAAUUCUCAUACAGUACUUAGCUUUCACGUUUCCUACAAGUAUAUUUAUUUUAGCAUCUGAUCUUGGGGUAACAGCCUGUGCCUAGAACUUAAAAGCACCAGCGGAAGGAUUUAAAAUGCCUUCAAAAAGUCUUUAUUUUUCCUUUUAUUCCCCCAACAAGUUCAAUUGUUCUUGUGCCUUCUGUGGCUAACAACUUCAUUCAGUUUUUUUAAUUACUACUACAACUGCAAUAAACACAACAUCAAUGUUAUGUCCUUUUUUUGCUUUUUAACAUAAUGGUGAUAGCUAUGCAUAUACUGUGUCUUUUUAAAUAAAAAAUACAAAAAUACUAUGGCAAAGAACCUUUUUGAAAAGUAUAAAAAUUUUUAGAAACCAUUUGAUAAAGCAAAUUAUUUUUCCUUAAUUGUUUGAGCAGCAUUCGAGUUUUGAAAAUUCUUGUAGGAGCCACUUUUUUGUAACUGUUGUGCAAAAAUUGUGUUUUCUUAGCCUAUUGAAGAGUAGCAUAGAAGCAAUAUUUAUUGAUAUCUGUGUGUAUAUAUACAUAUAUACACGUGUGAAGUGAUUAAAAGACUUUUUCCACUUUAGAUUUAAUGCUGUUUUCUAUUUUAGAUUUAUUGCUUAUUACGUUUUGUGAAGAGGUUUGAUUUAUUUGCAUUUUUAUAUUGUAUUGAACAAAUGUGACAUAGAAAGCAAACAAAUGUCACAUUUAUUGGGAGUAUGUAAAGUCAUGCUAGGAUGUAUUUAAGAAGGGAACAGUUUUUCACCGGUGUUUUUGUUACUGCUAUGGUUUGUGCCUCAAAGUAUUAAUUGCUAUGGCUGAAAUCUGUAGCCAACUGUGGGUAAAAAGGCAACAAGAUGAAUAAAAAGGGGAUAUUUUGAAACCACUACAACUUCAUACAUUUUCAGCUCCUGCUUUCAGACUACUGUACUCUCCUUACUCUUAGGGGAUGUGGGCAAGGGAAAUUAAGUGAUGCAAUUAGGUUUUUUCAGUGCUCACAUAUACUGUAGUAACACUUAAGGGGUUAAUUCCAUCCACAUUGUUUGCCCAGUAUAGCAUAACUGUUUCUGUAUACCGUAAAAACUGCACAUGAUAAAAUGUAAGAUUUAUUAAAGAAAAUGGAAAUUCAAUUGAUUGACUGUGAGCACUGUGCCCCGUGUUGGCGGUUAAUCUAAUCUGCAACCUCGUAACGGGCAUCAGUAUCUCUCUCAUGUCUUCACAGUCAACAAGCAAAAGAGCGAUGUAUCACAGGUCACAUGAAAGCCACUUGCAACCUGCCACAACCUGUUUCUUGUUUCUGCACCUGGCCAUCACUGAAACUGGGUACCUUCUGUGAAAGCUUUUUAAUUUGUGUUGUCAUUAAAAGUAGCCUCCCUUAGAACUGGAAGAAGCAAUGAGACACUACUGUGUAUUGCACUUAAACGAUCAGCUGAGAUCAACUCAAUUGCAUUCUUUCACAGAAAUCUUGAUUGACGUCGCAUGCCUGCUGGUAAUUAGAUUUACAAUUCUUUUACUAAACUGUAUGUUUCUCUUGAAAUCCUGGAAUCUAGUGGUGAAGUGAUCCAAGAUGACUUUGCCUGAAUCUAGAUGAUUUUUUAAAAUGCUGUAAGUGAUAAUAUUUCUUUGAGGGGAGGAAGAAGAAAAAAAGAUCCAAUGGUUUUGGAUCAGUCAGUCCCCUUUUUGUGCUUUUACACAGUUGAAAUUUUACAGCAUUUGUGAAAAGAAAGAUGGUAUAUACUUUGAAAAAAAUACAUGAAGGUUUUUAAAAAAGCAUUAGGAGAAAUGAUUUCACUGACCCUGACUUGUAUGUAAAUAUUAACAGAAAGUGACAAAACACUGCCUUUAUAUUAUUUAGCAAUAUGUUGUAAAUAGCAUUAUUACGCUUAUUUUGUAUUAAAGAACUCUUAUUUGAUUCUAGUGCAGUAAUUCCAACUGACAAUGUCACAAUUUUAUAUAUAUAAAUAUAUAUAUAAUUUACACAUACAUAGCUAGCAAUUUUGAUUGUGGAUUUUUGUUGUUGUCAAUUUGUUAUGAGGAUUUUGCAUAAUUUAUUGGUUUAAUUUAUCCUAAUUUAUUUGAUGAAGGUGUACAAUUUUUUAUAACUAUGGAUGUACUGUAAUAUUAAUUGGUAGAAUCAAAUCAUAAGGAGCCCUUGCCGAAUAUUGAAAGAAAAAAAAAGUUCAAGUAGCCAAUGGAAUUUAAAAAAUUCCUUGUUUCAAGAGAAGCUUGGCAGCUACUAAAUUGAAGAAACAGAAAAAAAUCUAUAUUGUUUUUGUUUGGAAGAUUAAAAAUUAUUUUAUUUUGUGUGUUUUAAGCUUUUUGUAUACUCUGACUUUUACCUUUGCUUUGUACCACUUACAAGAUACAGUAGUUCAAUUGCCUUGUGUGCCUUCCAUCUUCUCUGAACUGAAUGUAUGUGCAGUAUAUAUGCAAGCUUGUGCAAAAUAAAAACAAAUUCCAAA